UGUGAAACGUACCUACUGCAACACGACGACAGCGCAAUCAGUUUGUGUAAUUUCGCAGUAACUUUACUUGGUCGUUCAGUACAGCCAUACUCCCUAACCUGUCGUGUAGUGCACUUAAAAUAAAAAUAACUAAAAAAGUUAUAAAAUAAAAUUACAGUUAAUAUUGUAAACUACAGCAAAAUUUUCACAACCAUGGCAUCGGAAACUAUAUCGAGCGCAGAGCUCGAGUGUCUACCAGACCGUAUUGCGGACACCUUCUCUGGUAUGAAGGUGCUCAUCACUGGAGGAACUGGCUUCAUGGGGAAGGUCCUUGUGGAGAAAUUGCUCAGAAAAUGUCCUGACAUCGAUCAAAUACUUCUGUUCGUGAGAUCCAAAAAGGGCAAAAAUCCAAAACAAAGGUUGGAGGAAAUCUGCAGUGGCGUUCUCUUCGAAAAACUGCGAGAGAUGAGAGGUGGAGUGGAACCACUGUUGGAGAAGGUGACCCUUAUCAAUGGAGACGUGUCGGAACCAGAUCUGGCGAUGAGUCCUGAGGACAGGCAGAUGAUCAUCGAUCAGGUUGACAUCAUCAUCCACGCUGCGGCUACCAUCAGGUUCGAUGAAGAGCUGAAAAAGGCUGUUCUUCUAAACGUGAGAGGUACCAAGCUGAUGGUGGAGCUGGGGAAGGCUUGCAAGAAUUUGAAGGUAUUCAUCCACAUCUCGACAGCUUACUGCCACCUGCACGAGAAACUCUUGGAGGAGAAGGCGUAUUCUCCACCAGCCGACCCUCAUCAGAUCAUUCAAGCGGUGGAGUGGAUGGACGAGGAGACCAUUGCUACUAUGACGCCCAAGCUACUGAACAAGCUGCCGAACUCCUAUGCCUUCACGAAGGCUCUUGCUGAAGCCCUCGUCGUGGAAGCCAUGGAGAAAGCUAACCUGCCUGCCAUGGUGCUCCGACCUUCGAUUGUAAUUCCAAUCUGGCAAGAACCUGUUCCAGGAUGGACUGAUAACAUUAACGGACCGACUGGAUUGCUUAUUGGAGCUGGAAAAGGUGUGAUCAGAUCAAUGUACUGCAAGAGUAACAGCUAUGCCGAUUACCUGCCGGUCGACGUUUUUAUAAACGGGAUCAUGAUAGUAGCUUGGAAUUAUUUGAAGAAUGGAGAUAAAAAAUGCAACAUAAUAAACUUCACAUCAUCAGCUGAGAUCAAGGUCACCUGGUCUGAGAUGAUAGAUGCUGGGAGAGAGAUCAUCAUGAACAGAGUGCCUUUGAACGGAGUUGUGUGGUACCCAGGUGGUUCAAUGAAGCAUUCCAGACUAUACCAUAACAUCUGCGUGUUCUUCUUCCACUGGAUCCCAGCCUUCAUCAUCGACACAUUACUCUUCUGUCUAGGAUACAAGCCAGUACUAUGUCGAGUACAGCGCCGUAUCACCAAAGGUUUUGAAGUAUUUGAAUACUACACGAACAACCAAUGGGACUUCAAAUCUGACAUCGCACAGACGCUGAGACAGAAACUCAAUGCUAAAGAGAGACGGGACUAUAAAGUCGACGCUGUGGGUCUGGAUAUCUCGAAAUAUUUUGAAGACUGCAUCAGAGCCGCUCGGGUCUUCAUUCUGAAGGAGUAUGAUGACACCCUGCCAGCUGCUAGAAGACAUAUGAGAAUAAUGUACUGGGUCGACGUGAUAGUCAACUGCCUGUUCUGGGGUUUCCUGUUGUACUGGCUCAGUGGAUGGAUGACCACAUCCAAGGCCAUCGUCCCUGACACUGCUUCACCCACUGUCAUAGCCAUGGACGCGUAAACACCGCCAUCUUGGACGUAUGAAGAUUGACAGCUGUCACUUUUGACACCUGUCAUUUUUGACACGUCUUGUCAAAGUGUAUUAUUGCUAAAUUUGAGUGUUGCUAUUCUUUAUUUUAAAGAAGUAAAUAAUAAUUUUAAGUAAAGAAAUUGUUUGUUUUAGGAGUGCGAUUUGUGUUUUGUGUGUGUUGCGAUUUGUGUGUUGAUAUUAUUGGAUAGGUAUUUGUGUAUGUAGCUUUAUGAUGCUUAGUAACAUUUUAUAUUUUGUAAAGAAUUAACUGAAAAUAAUAGCAGUGUGCGCUACGUCUCUCGUGAGGAAAAGUUCCUCCGUGACUCGAAACUAUCGUAUUGAGAAGUGACGUCACGCGACAUUUCAAAUCAAUAUAUCGUCGAAAGUAUUCGUUUAAGAAAAUAAAAAAUACGUUUCUAAUGAUUUAAAAUAAUCUACCAGACGGACAUUAAAAUAAAAAUUAGUCAUCUAUCCUAUUGAGGGUUGAAGUUAGCCAUUUUUCAAUACAUCUCAUAUUCAUCUUAUAAUUCUAUUCAGUCACUGGCCCCUCGCUGGAAGGGGCCCUCGUUCAGAGCUUUUCAUUGGAACUUUUCUGUUUUUCAUUGGGAACGGGGGCACAUUCGGUGAAUCUACCACGGGCCUCGGAAGGGAAUCACUGAUUCUUUUUUCUAUAGUUUUUUUCCACAGGCAUGUAAAAAAAUAUGUUGUGUUCAUGAGUUUUUCUAAGGUGUAGGCAUUAUUGCAUUAGAUUUAAGUUUAAAAAUAGGUACUCGUUAUACGUACCUGCAUUGUAAGACUCUGAAAGACCUGUAGUUUAGGAUUUAGAUAUAAUUAAGUAUACGAUUUUUGUACCUAGAUUGAAUACUUAUUUUGUAAAUAAAUUCAUUGAU